AUGGCAAGGCAACUACAAAUGAUGAUGCAUUCUUCACAAGCCACAGCUCAGGUUGGCAUGGCUGGUGCGAGCCUUCUCUUGUGUGCUUUUGCAUUGUUUAUGUGUGCUUCCCACGCUCGGAAAUGGCGUCAUCGCUGGAAUGCUUGCUUGGAUUAUGGCUAUGAGUUUGAGGAUCCUGUAAUAGAGCUUAACCAAGAAGCGACAGUCGUGACUACGCAACGAGUGAAUACCUGUGUUGUGAAUGCCCCCGAGCCGGAGAAUGGCAACGACGAGAUGUUCUUCAGCAGAGAGCAACGAGCUGCUGUGUGGGAGAAGAACAUACUCAUGGGUGGGAAGUGUCAGCUACCGGACUUCUCGGGCGUCAUAUUAUACGACUCCAAUGGAAACGUCGUAACCCCUGCUAGAACUCAGCUUCCUCUACUCACCUGGAAGUGA